UAUACAAUCACAGAGACCUUUGCCUUCAAUUGCUCCUUCAACGGAGGCAUGUUUUACAGCUCUACUGUUUGUGCAGUGUUACUAGGCCAAAUAUAGCAAAAAGGUUAAAGGAAACGAAGAUUAUUUGUACGAUCCAUUGCUCACAUGGACAUGUUGGAAGAUUAUUGUGAGAAUUCUCCUUACCAGCACCAUGGGGCCAAGUUACUUGUUACAGAAUUGAAUAUGAUGGCUCAAGCAGAUUCAGAUUUAAUGGAAGAGGAAUUGCUAAAGAAGGAUUUAAAAUUCUACUUUAUGAAUCCAUGUGAAAAAUACAGAGCUAGACGUCAGAUACCAUGGAAACUGGGGCUUCAGAUACUGAAGAUAGUUAUGGUUACUACCCAGCUCAUCCUUUUUGGUUUGAGUAACCAGUUGGUGGUUUCUUUUAAAGAGGAGAAUACUAUAGCUUUUAAGCACCUGUUUCUGAAAAACUACUCUGGGGUUGAUGAGGAUGACUACAGUUGCAGUGUCUACACACAGCAAGAUGUCUAUGAUAGCAUCUUUUUUGCGAUUACUCAGUACCAACAGCUGAAGAAUAUAUCACUGGGCACACUCGGUUAUGAGCAAGAUGAAGAUCACAUGGCUGGCUUACACAUAUGUAAGCAACAAUAUAAGAAAAGCACAAUGCUUCCUUCUAAUGAUACUUUACUCAUAGACAGUACUAUUGAAACAGAAUGCAUUCAUUUGAAACCUCAGGAUCUGUCUACUAAGGAAAUAAGUGACUUAAAGAAUUCAACAUUUUUCAACAUUGAGUUCUAUAGGCUCAUACAGGUUGAAAUUUAUUUUAAACUAAAAGGCAUUGAUCUGCAGACUAUUCAUACUCGUGAACUGCCUGACUGUUACAAAUUUGAAAAUACUAUUACUUUUAACAAUAUGGCUCACAGUGGUAAAAUAAAAAUAUAUUUUGAUACUGACGCUGACAUUCAAGAAUGUAAAGACUGGAAUAUAUCUGGCUCUUUAGUUCAGAAGAACACACAAUAUAUCUUGGUUUUUGAUGGGCUUGUUAUAGUGAGCUGUUUUGCUUCCUUGAUUCUCUGUACACGAUCUAUUAUUCUUGCUCUAAAAUUGCAAAAAAGGUUUGUGAAUUUUUUCCUGGAGAAGUACGAACACCAUGUAUGCAGUGCAGAUCGUUUAGAAUUCAUAAAUGGAUGGUAUGUUCUGGUGAUUAUCAGUGACGUGAUGACUAUCAUUGGCUCUGUAAUGAAGAUGGAAAUAAAAGCAAAGAAUCUUACAAGCUAUGAUGUUUGUAGCAUUUUUCUUGGGACGUCCACACUAUUUGUUUGGGUUGGAGUCAUUCGAUAUUUGGGCUACUUCCAAACCUACAAUGUACUCAUUUUAACAAUGCAAGCAUCUUUACCUAAAGUUCUCAGAUUCUGCUGUUGUGCUGGGAUGAUAUACCUUGGAUACACUUUCUGUGGCUGGAUUGUUCUAGGACCAUAUCAUGAAAAGUUUGAAGAUAUGAACACGGUAGCAGAAUGUCUCUUUUCUUUAGUCAAUGGUGACGACAUGUUUGCUACAUUUGCUCAGAUCCAGCAGAAGAGUACCAUCGUCUGGUUAUUCAGUCGAUUAUACCUGUAUUCCUUCAUUAGCCUCUUCAUAUAUAUGAUACUCAGCCUCUUUAUUGCCCUCAUUACAGAUGCCUAUGAUACCAUCAAGAAAUACCAACAAACUGGGAUCCCAGUUACAGAUCUUCAUGAAUUUCUAAAAGAAUCCAACAAUGAAAAUUAUGGCCCAAGACAGCGGACAUCCAUGAACGUCUGUUGCUGUAUGAGACGGAAAAGCGAUGAUAACUUUCCACUUAUUAAUUAAAGAUAGUUGGCAUGGCCCAAAUUGUCAACAAACUGCUGGAAAGCUGGCCAUCUUGAAUUUAUUGGAAACACUAUGUGUGCACAAGUCUUUUCCACAAAUUCAUUGACCUUAAUGUAGUUCAAGGAAAAAGAAGUAGCAGUUUUUCUGCAGUCAACCAACGGGAAGCUCAAAAUUUGUUGUAAAAGUGUUGGAUGAACAGAGUUUAUAAAUUGAUUGCAAUAGCUGAUCUUAAAAAGAAACAUACAGUGGGCUCCUCAAUCUUAAGUAAUGGUUACACAUUUUUCAAUUGUAACUUGCUUUC